ACGGGAAGCAAGAACGGGAGCUCGCUGGCUGUGAAGAAAGGCGCCGACUGUCGCCGCAGCAAAGCUGGGGAUGCGGGAGAGCUCUUGAGCCCAUUUCACGCUCUCGCGGCAAGGAAGAUCUUCUCCUUGCUUACUGCCGAAGCAUGACUCUCUACGUGAGCGUUACCCUUGUCUUCCUUCUCCUCUUCUACUUCUGCUCCUCUUUGUCCGCGGCCGCUACCUCCUUUGCUACCGAUGAGAGCUUCGACGUUCGCCAGCACCUCUCCACCGUCUCCAGGUACGGAGCUGGUAAAGAAACUACAAUUGGUUCUUAUGUUCCUUCCACUAUCCCAGAGGGGUGUAAUCCUAUCCACUUAAAUCUAGUGGCAAGGCAUGGAACUCGUUCUCCCACCAAGAAGCGGAUUAAAGAGUUGGAUCAAUUGGCAAUUCAUUUAGAUGAACUGCUUAAUGAAGCAAAACGUGGAGAAAAGAGCCUUCCGCAGAAAAUUCCAUCCUGGUUGUCUGGUUGGCAAUCUCCCUGGAAAGGCAGACUGAAAGGUGGGGAGCUAAUAAUUAAAGGAGAAGACGAACUUUAUCAUCUAGCUUUAAGAAUACGGAAAAGAUUUCCAGAAUUGUUCAACGAGGAAUAUCAUCCUGAUAUAUUCUCAAUAAGAGCAACUCAGGUUCCUCGUGCAUCAGCUAGUUCUGUGGCAUUUGGAAUUGGUCUUUUUCAAGGAAAUGGAACCUUAGGGCCCGGGAUGCAUAGAGCAUUUUCUGUGACGAGUGAGAGCCGUGCAAGUGAUGUAUGUCUACGGUUCUAUGAUACUUGUGAAACUUAUAAGGAAUACCGGAGAAGUCAGGAACCUGCGGUUGAUAAGCUCAGAGAGCCAAUUUUGGAGGAAAUUACUGCUGAGCUUGUCAAACGUUAUCAAAUUAAUUUCACUAGACAAGAUGUGGCUUCACUUUGGUUUCUCUGUAAGCAGGAAGCUUCUUUGUUGGACAUUACUGACCAAGCUUGUAACCUGUUUACUACUUCCGAGGUUGAAUUACUUGAGUGGACAGAUGACUUGGAGUUGUUUUUAUUAAAAGGUUAUGGUAAAUCAAUAAACUAUCACAUGGGACUCCCAUUGCUUCAAGAUGUUGUUCAGUCAAUGGAGCAAGCAAUUUUGGCCAAAGAAGAAAACCAUAAACCUGGAACUUUUGAGAAGGCGAGGCUCAGAUUUGCUCAUGCUGAAACAGUUGUGCCUUUCACCUGUCUUCUUGGGAUUUUUCUUGAAGGGUCCGAAUUUGAACAAAUGCAACGGGACGAGCCAUUAAGUUUGCCACCAAAACCUCCUCUACCAAGAAGGUGGAGGGGAAGUACUGUCGCGCCUUUUGGUGUGAAUAAUAUGUUGGUUUUGCACCAAUGUCCUGGCAACGCUUCGCAUAGCAUCAGUGCAAGCAAAGGCUACAAAAGCGAGUACUAUGUGCAGGUUCUGCACAACGAAAUUCCAGUUCCCAUGCCGGGCUGCUACAACGCAGAUUUCUGCUCUUUCCAGGUUUUCAAGGAAAGCAUCGUCAAUCCCCAUCUAAAGCAUACCUUCGAAUCAGUCUGCACUGCACAGGCAAAGGAGGAAUUCCCAUCGCCAAAACCGAGUUCCAUUGCAUGCAAACUCUUGAAUUUUAUACGCAGCUUCUUCCAAAGAGAUUCAUAUGGAAACACUAAAAUUAACCAAAAGAACGAGCUAUGAUCAUUCUUUCAAUAGCUACUGAAACAUAUCUUCUGAAAUUCCCGUACCUCUAAACAUUUAAAGUUCUGCUUUCAGAUUUUCUUUUGCCUUUUAGUUUUCGACUGAUUUCGAAAACAUUUGCAGUACUUCGCUUGCAAGUUUUCCCAUUUUCAGGCGGUAUAGUUGACUUGACUGUGCAGCAUAGAAAAUGUGCUUCGUAAGCUAUUUAAUUUGCUUUCUGAACCAUCAAUUUCCGUAUUAUCUUAUUAAGGAUUUGUUAGGAAAACUUUCUCACA